AUGUACUUCGUCCCGGUUAUCGCGGUCUGCGUUCUCAAUGAAGUCUUGAGCCGGGCUGGUGCAACCAACCAAGAGGUAGCGACAGGGUUCAGGAAAGCGGUUCCGAUCGUCCUGGCGAAUCGUCUCAUGAUCAACAUCCGUUAUGCGUAUUACGACGAAGGGAACGAGGAGCGCAUGGUCAGCGCUUCGAUACUCUUUGCCCAACCUCGCUCCAGAAAAGCGGCAAGCGAUAGCACCGCUUCGUUCCCAGAGGAUACAGAGCUCCAGGCUUUCGAGUAAUGUUUUCUCGCAUGUUCG